AAUAUUACCCAAUUGGAUCUUACAUCGUGUAGCUCUUUGUUAGAAACUCCAAAUUUUGCAAUGAUGCCAAAUUUGAAGAAUUUAAACCUUUCAAUGUGUGAGAAAUUGAAAGAGAUCCACCUAUCGCUUGGAAAUCUUUCAAAACUUGAUACUUUGGUUUUGGAAGGAUGUUGUAACCUUGAGAAACUUCCCAGAUUUUACAAGGAAAUGAAGGACAUUACCCAUUUGGAUCUUACAUCUUGUAGCUCUUUGUUAGAAACUCCAAAUUUUGCAAUGAUGCCAAAUUUGAAGAAUUUAAACAUUUCAAUGUGUGAGAAAUUGAAAGAGAUCCACCCAUCAAUUGACUAUCUUACGAAACUUGAAGACUUUUAUUUCGAUGGAUGUAGUAACCUGAGAAGCUUCCCAUCUUUGGCCAGGUAGGAAAUUAAUGAAGAAUAUUACCCAUUUCGAUCUUACAUCUUGUAGCCCUUUGUUAAAAACUUCAAAUUUUGCUACCCAUCUGUUGAAGAUCUUAAGGAACUUGAUGUCUUGGAUUUGGAUGGAUGUAGUAACCUUGAGAAGCUUCCUAGCUUUGUCCAUGUAUCAUAUCUCUAGAAUGUCAAUUUUCCAAUUGCACAACACUACAAAACAUUUCAGAAAUCAAGGCAAGUACACCAUAUCUAGUGGAGUAAGAUAGAUUAUAUGUAGGGAUUAUAGAUCUUCCCUCAUCUACGCAAUAACUUUGUAAUAUGCGUUAUUUUUUUUUUUUACAUUUAAGAGUUCAUAUCAAUUUCAU